AGUCAUAAACCCUCCCAGCUCUGCCGCUGUAAUAAACUGCUCCCCGGCCGGGAGAGGAGAGGAGAUGGGGGAGCGGAGUCUCAGCGGCAGAAAGGGUGAGCGAUGAGGGAGGCGCAAGCGGGCUCCAGAGGACGGAAGAGGACCCCGGGGCAGGCUGGGAGAUGUAGUUCCUGACUCUCCCGGGAGCGGAAGCGACGUUAGUGGGGGGAGGAGCCGGGCUGCGAACGCGGUCAGGGUGCUGCGGCUCUGCCUGGCUCGUGCGGAGCUGGAGAAGCGUUUUGUGUCUCCCGGCUCUGGGCAUGCGCAGAUCGGAGGGGAGGGGGCGUCCCGCAUGCCCAGGGGCGGCGCUCACCCACUGCUGCUCCGUGGCGCUGCGGGGGGUGGGGCUGAGCAGCUGGGUCUGUGCUGGGGAGACCCAUUAACUUCUCCGUGCCCGGCCCGGGCCCUGGUCCCGCUGUAGCCGCCCUGGGCUCCGCCCGCCCCGCUGAGGAGCUGCAGCCUCCAGGGGCCAGUGACCUUCAAGGAGGUGGCUGUGUAGAAGAGUGGGCUCUGCUGGACCCUGCUUAGGAGCCCUCUACAGACAAGUCAUGCAGAAGAACUAUGAGAGCGUGACCUUGCUGGAUGGGUAGGAGCAAGGACUCUAACCGUCCCCCUUAUGGCCCGGCACUUCUAGGGCUUGGAGGUCAAGUGUGGCAGCAGGUGAAACAAUGGUAUGUGAGAAAGAGGAGCAGAAUUCUCAGCCAGAAAAUGUUGAGCAAGUGGAUAAACACAGAGAAUUAUCGCAAAGAUUGGAAAGGAAUGUGUCCAGGAGUCAUGAGCAGGGACAAUCGUGUGAGAUUCAGCACAGAUCAGAAAGAGAGCAAGGAAACCAGCCAGGGGAGAAAGUGAGUAACUGUAUUUCCUGUCAGGGAACUCAGAAGGACCUCAAGGAAACCACAACCCACCAGGAAAUCCUCAGGGGAAAGAUUAAAAAUACAUGCACUGAGUGUAGGACAAACGUAUGUGACUACUCAGCCCUUAUAAAGCGUCAGAGAAUCCACACAGGAGAGAGGCCUUAUGAAUGCAGUGAGUGUGGGAAAAACUUCACUCACAGAUCACACCUUAUUACCCAUCAGAGAAUCCACACAGGGGAGAGACCUUAUAAAUGUAGUGUGUGUGGGAAAAGCUUCAUUACGAGCUCAGCUCUUUCUGAACAUCAGAGAAUCCACACAGGGGAGAGGCCCUAUGAAUGCAUUGAAUGCUGGAAAACCUUCACACGCAGCUCACACCUUACUAGGCAUCAGACAAUCCACACAGGAGAGAGGCCCUAUGAGUGCCGUGAGUGUAGGAAAAGCUUCACUACCAGCUCAGCCCUUUCUGAACAUCAGAGAAUCCACACAGGGGAGAGGGCCUAUGUAUGCAGCGAGUGUGGGAAAAACUUUACUCACAGAUCAGGCCUUUUUCUCCAUCAAAGCAUCCACACAGGAGAGAGGCCCUAUGAAUGCCGUGAGUGUGGGCAAACCUUCAGUCGCAGUUCACACCUUAGUAGGCAUCAGAAAAUCCACACAGGAGAGAGGCCUUAUGAAUGCCGUGAGUGUGGGAAAAGCUUCACUACCAGCUCAGCUCUUUUUGAACAUCUGAGAAUCCACACAGGGGAGAGGCCCUAUGAAUGCAGUGAGUGUGAGAAAAGCUUCACUAUCAGCUCAGCCCUUUCUGAACAUCAGAGAAUCCAUACAGUGGAGAAGCCCUAUGAAUGCAGUGAGUGUGGGAAAACCUUCAGUCGCAGCUCGUAUCUUUUUCAACAUCAGAGAAUCCACACAGGUGAGAGGCCCUAUAAAUGCAUUGAGUGUGGGAAAAGCUUCACUACCAGCUCAGUACUUUCUGAUCAUCAGAAAAUUCACACCGGUGUGAGACCCUAUAAAUGUGGUGAGUGUGGGAAAACCUUCAAUCACAGAUCAACCCUUAUUAGGCAUCAGAGAAUCCACACAGGGGAAAGGCCCUAUGAAUGCAAUGAGUGUGGGAAAACCUUCAUGCACAGUUCGCACCUUAUUAGGCAUCAGAGAAUCCACACAGGAGAGAGGCCUUAUGAAUGCAGUGCGUGUGGGAAACGCUUCACUACCAGCUCAGCCCUUUUUCAACAUCAGAAUAACCACACAGGCGAGAGGAUCUAUAAAUGCGGUGAGUGUGGAGAAGACUUCACUACCAGCUUAGCCCUUUCUGAACAUCAGAGAAUCCACACAGGAGAGGCCCUAUGAAUGCAUCGAGUGUGGAAACACCUUCUGUUGGCACUCUGCCCACGUUAGCUGUCAGAGAAUCUGCAAGGGAGAUCAACACCAUAAAAACCUCUAGGGCUUUCAAUACUUCUUUUUCUUUAAUACUUUUUUUUAUUCCCACAUAGUAACUUU